AGAGAGAAAAGCUUGCUUGUGAUGGACCAAUUUGUAGAGAGAGAUGGACGAAAUACAAGUGGAAACACAGGCUCAAAGCUCGUCCAAAAUCAUUGCAAAAUCCCUCAAAAUCCUUGCAAAAAACUUCACCCUCCUCAUCACCAUCACGGCCCUAACUAUCCUCCCUCUCUCUCUCCUCCUCUUCUCACUUUCUCUCUCUACCCGCCCUCUGGCCACCGAAAUCUCUCGUAAACAAGCUCUCGUUGCAUGGCUCGCACCGAGCGCUAUAACGCGCCACGUUAUCAGGGAGAUAAGAUCCGACUCUCUCAAGCUUCUCUCUCUAAAAUUUAUCUACUUCUUACCGUCUUAUAUCCUCUCUCUCUCCUCAACGAUAACGGUGGUCCGAUCCGCCUUCAUCGCCCAUAACGGAAAAACACCCACAUUGGAGUCGGCCAUAACGGCCGUUAAGAAAACGUGGAAGAGGCCCCUCGUAACGUCUCUCUACGUUUACUUUGUGAAGUUACUUUAUGAUAACGCCGUUAAUGUGUGCUAUGCUUUUCCGGUGAAGUGGGUGGUGGUGGUUUUGGUGACAAGCUGUUUUAGGGUUCUCUGGUUUUAUGGGGCGGCAGUUUUGAGCAUGGGAAUGGUGGUUUCGGUCGUGGAAGAGAGAGAAGGAAUGGAUGCUCUGAAAACAGCUUUUGAUUUGAUGGGUGGCAGGUGGUUUUGCGGGUGGCUUUUGGGGGGGUUACAGGUGGUUUUAACGGGUGGUAUUGGUUACGUUUUUAUGGAGAGAAAGGGUGGUUUUGUGGAUGGUGUCUUUCUGGUUUUGAUGUUUUGCUUUGUGGUUUUAGUGGGGUACUUGAUAAACACGGUAUUCUACUUCGAGUGCAGGAAAUGUUUGGGUAGAGAGAAAGUUGAUGGAAUUUGA